UCACCACCUGUCAGUUUUUGUCUGUCGUCGGUGGACUGUGUUGUGGUUUUCGGUGCUCAAAAAUGUAUUUCGAGGCUUAAGCCCAAAUACAUUGUGUUAACAAUGAAAAGUAGUCCCAGUCGUAAAUAUGAGAGUUUCACCAACGAGCAGCAAGGGAAGGAAACGGAUAAAUACUCGCUAGACAGUCAAGACACCGCCAGUCUGCAUUCCAACCCGGAGGAGCGGCGUGUGAUCGACGUGGGAGUCGGCGCCGGCGACAUGUGGAUCAGCGCCGUAGAGGGUUCCAUCCUCACCUGGGAGGAGGUAGCCGACCGUCUCCACGUAGACGUCCGCCGCGGUCUAUCAUGGCGGGAGGCGAACGAUCGAAUGAACUUCGUCGGCCCCAACGAGUUCCAGGUUAAAGAAGAGGAUCCGCUGUGGAAGAAGUAUAUCGAGCAGUUCCAGAACCCGUUGAUACUGCUGCUACUUGGUUCCGCCGUAGUAAGCAUCAUCAUGCGUCAAUACGACGACGCCAUAUCCAUCACCGUCGCCAUCAUGAUCGUGGUCACUGUCGCCUUCGUUCAAGAAUAUCGCUCCGAGAAGUCGCUCGAAGAACUUAAUAAACUCGUCCCGCCUACUUGUAACUGCCUCCGCGAAGCUGCCAUCGAGCACUUCCUCGCCCGAAACCUCGUUCCCGGCGAUAUAGUCCAUCUCAGCGUCGGGGACCGAGUGCCAGCCGACUUACGACUAUUCGACUCUACGGAUUUGGCUAUAGAUGAAAGUUCCUUUACUGGGGAGACUGAGCCGGCUGUGAAGAAUAUACUACCGAAUAAGGCCGCUGCUGGGAGGGUUAAUAAGGAUAAUAUAGCGUUUAUGGGAACGCUGGUGCGAUGUGGCAAUGCCAAGGGUAUUGUGGUCAGCACAGGCGAGCGCUCCGAAUUCGGCGACAUCUUCCGAAUGAUGCAAGCCGAAGAGGCCCCUAAGACCCCCCUGCAGAAGUCCAUGGACACCCUCGGGGCCCAGCUGUCCCUGUACUCCUUCUGUAUCAUCGGCUUCAUCAUGGUGACGGGCUGGCUUCAAGGGAAAGCUCUGCAGGAGAUGUUCACCAUUAGUGUCAGCUUGGCUGUCGCUGCGAUCCCUGAGGGCCUGCCGAUAGUGGUGACCGUGACUCUUGCGUUGGGUGUGAUGCGGAUGGCCAAACGCAACGCGAUCGUGAAGAAACUACCCACCGUCGAGACUCUGGGCUGCGUCAACGUUAUCUGCAGUGACAAGACAGGAACGCUAACAAAGAACGAGAUGGCGGUGACCUGCAUGUCGACUUCCGGCGGCCAUAUCGCGGAAGUGCGCGGCGCGGGCUACAACGCACGCGGCGACGUCCAACUUCGUGCUUACAAAGGACGAGACUUGGACGUGGCGCGAUCUGCUCUACAGACCAUGCUCGAGGUGGGCGUCCUAUGCAACAACGCGGUCAUCCGCGACGAAACUCUAUACGGGCAGCCGACAGAGGGCGCUUUACUCGCGGCGGCCAUGAAGAACGGAAUGGAUGACGUCAGAGAACAAUAUACCAGGCUGCAUGAGAUACCAUUCAGUUCAGAAACGAAGAUGAUGGUAGUGAAAUGCGCCCCAAAAUUCAACGAUGGCAAGUUGAAAGAAGAGGUGUUUGUAAAGGGAGCUAUUGAGAAGAUAUUACCGCUGUGCACCCAGUAUAUUGAUAGCGCGGGCAACUAUUCGCCAGUCACCAAAGAAAAGCAGAACGAUUUUAUGACUGAGGCGUACAAUAUUGGGAGAAUGGGUCUCCGAAUCAUAGCAUUAGCUCGCGGCGCAUCUCUCGACGCACUCACAUACACCGGAGUGUGCGGAGUGUGUGAUCCCCCGCGGCCCGGCGUGUGCGACGCUAUAGCCACUCUACGUAGAGCCGCCGUUGAUGUCAAGAUGUUGACGGGAGAUGCCAGGCCUACUGCCCUCGCUGUUGCUCAAAUGGUCGGUCUAGACGUGCUCCACUCCCAAUCUCUCUCCGGCGACCAGUUGGAUACAAUGCCGGACGACGAGCUCGACCGAGUCAUCGAUUCUGUCAGCGUUUUCUAUCGAGUGACGCCGAAACAUAAGUUAUCGAUUGUAAAAUCGCUUCAGAGGCUCGGGAACAUCGUCGGAAUGACCGGGGACGGAGUAAACGACGGCGUUGCCUUAAAACGCGCCGACAUCGGCAUUGCUAUGGGCAACGGCACGGACGUGUGUAAGGAGGCCGCCGAUAUGAUACUAGUUGACGAUGACUUCGCUACCAUCAUCGCCGCGAUAGAAGAAGGCAAAUGCAUCUUCUACAAUAUUCGCAACUUCGUCCGCUUCCAACUAUCCACCUCCAUCGCGGCGUUAUCGCUUAUCGCUCUCGCUACGCUCAUGGGCAUACCCAACCCGCUCAACGCCAUGCAGAUAUUGUGGAUCAACAUUAUUAUGGAUGGUCCCCCAGCGCAGUCCCUCGGCGUAGAACCGGUUGAUCACGAGGUAGUUCGCCGCCGGCCAAGAGACACGACACGAAGAAUCAUCUCCCGAGCUCUCCUUGCUAAUGUGUUACUAUCGGCUGCCAUUAUCAUUGCUGGGACUUUGUGGGUGUUUAACAGAGAGAUGUCAGACAACAAGAUAACACCUCGCGACACAACCAUGACGUUCACCUGUUUCGUCCUGUUUGACAUGUUCAACGCGCUCUCAUGCCGCUCCCAAACAAAGUCGGUGUUCCAAGUGGGAUUGUUCUCAAAUAAGAUGUUCCUCGCGGCUGUGACGUUGAGUCUGGUGGGGCAGAUGCUGGUCGUGUACUUCCCGCCGCUACAGAGGGUUUUCCUCACCGAGUCACUAACCGGACACGACAUCAUCUUCCUAGUAUGCCUAACGUCGAGCGUAUUUAUAGUGAGCGAAAUAAAGAAAUUAGUGGAGCGCUCGCUCAAGAAGCGUUCUUUUGGCAAGUUCCCGACCAAGGCGCACGACGCGCUGGACUUCGUAUGACAGGAGGAGCGGAAGGAGCAAUAAGCCACGACGCACUCAAAGAUACUUGUGGCGACACGGACAAUAUGAAAAACUUAUGUCAACCAUCAUCCUCAGUGCACCUUAGAGAAUCUUCAUCAAACUAUUUUAGAGUUUCAAACGUGGUUCUAUCUGAUAGUGAUAAUUUUGUGCAAUUCGGAGACUCUUCAUCAGGCGCGCAACUCACAGUUUCAAGCGACCCCGCGCAUCACAUAGAUUCAGACGUGUUUACGUCUCAUAAUGAUAAUUUUGUGCGCCUCAGAGACUCUUCAUCAGAUGAGGACCCCUUACUUAGAGAUUCAAACGUGUAUUUAUCUCAUAGUGAUAAUUUUGUGCGACUCGGAGACCCUUCAUCAAGUGAAGACCCCAAGCAUACAGUUUCAAACGUGAUACAAUCUCAUAAUGAUAAUUUCGUGCACCUCCGAGACUCUUCCUCAAGUGAUCCGGUCCAACUUAGGGUGUCCGACGUAUUUUUAUCUCGUAGUGACAAUGAGUACGCUAAAGAUUUGUAUAGAGCGGUCAAUAGGGAUGGUAGUGAAUGUUUUAGUAGCUGGCUCGGUGAACCUUUGGAUGGCGAGAGGAAGAUUUUGAUUGAGUAAAUUUUAGUGCAAAGAUUUUUAGGUCUUUCUAGUUCCUGGCGUCUAGCAUAAGUUGCGUUCUCGCGCGCGAGUCCAUACUUGAAGUCAUGCUAGACCGUCUGAUAGUGAAUCUUGAAAACUAAAUUUCGACAUAUUGAGAAUAAAUGUAUCUUUUACCUCCCGAAUUGUCUGCCAGUUUUGUGACGCUUUUUCACAUAGAUUUUGUAUGGAACGUCACAAUACUGACACGUAACAUAAAUUUUGUAUGGAAAUUCUGGACACUUUUUGUUUGAAAAGUCUAAAUUUAAAAUAUUUUUAUUAUAAUAAAUUAGCAUUGUUCGAAAACAUCUUAUUUUGGAAUCACUAAAUAUUUAUUUAAAGACUAGUUUUCAAGAUAUCUAAUAAAUUAUUAAGCUGUAAAUGUAGUCAAAAUUUCUGUUUCUAUAACUUUGAAGGAUCUAAAAUGAUAUUACAGAUUUAGUGCAUAAUUAUUUUCCAUCGUAUUUUCACGGAAACGUACGAACGUGUCUUGCUAUUUCAGUUAGUCUCGGUACAAAAAGUACUGACGUUGACUGAAGUAGCACGACAAUUACGAACGUUUCCGAGAAAAUACGAUGGAAAACAAUUAUGCACUACAAUCUGUAAUACUAUUUUGGUCUCUCGUGAGAUUCUUGAUCCUUGGUCCUACAAGCCUAAUGAUAAAAUUAUUUAUAUGAAAUAAAACAUACAAUUGAAAAAAACAUUGUACCAAGUAUGGAAAACAGUAAUACCUAGUUAUUUAAAUUUAAUAUUUUUUGUACAACAGAGACGCAACCAUUAUAAUGCGUCUCUCUUGGACAAGAACUAUAUUACCUAAUCGUAUGCGAUUAAGUAGGUACUUUAUUUCGUACGGCCAGAGAAGUAGCUAACUGGGCAAGAUGUACAAAAUGAUCUAAACACGCUCUUAUUCUCUUAACAAUAAAGUCGUAUUUAGUUUAUUUUGCACACCUAGCCAGCUUAGAUAUUUCUGCUGUUUUGUGCCCGAUUGCAUGUCGAAAUACUUUUACAAUAUCGUUAUUUAAAGGACCUAGUUGCAUGUAAUUAAGGUCCAUUUUGAAAUGAAUGAACACAACAUGCUAUCGCAUAAGAGGUGACAUCUAGUGGAAGAAAUUAGUAACAUAAUGUUACCUAUUCAUUUUAAUUUAUUUUUCUACGGUUUUUGUGAAUGCCUCAGUAUUUUGUCGAAUUUUUAUAUUAUUUAUUCAUAAGUGUAAUUUAAUGAAUAUGUUGUGAUUAUGAGUUUUUUUAAGUAAAUGAAUUUUAGUUUU